UGAAGCAAAAAAGUCGCCAUAGUAUGAUUAGUAAUUUCUCACACAAGACUAGGCAAGCUAGCUGCACCAGCGUUUUCCUUUCCUUACAGAAUUUAAUGCUUUUAUCUCAAGAAAAGGUCCUCGUUUAGGUCAUGGCUUUAUGUGUUUUUAAUUCGGCACUAAAGAUGGCUUCUUCUCCGUUUGGUAUGUUACAUGUUAUUCUCAUCUGCGUCACUUUGCAUUGUAACAGUCUGGCCGAGGCUAAAAUGAAUCCCAGAGCGAAUAUAGUUUUAAUCCUGACUGAUGAUCUAGAUGUGUCUACCGGUGGAAUGAUCCCUUUGGUGAAGACUAAAAAGCUGAUAGGUGAUGCUGGGAUAACCUUUACAAACACGUUUGUCGCCAGUCCCCUUUGCUGUCCCAGCCGGGCGAGCAUCCUGACGGGCAAAUAUCCUCAUAACCAUCAUGUGGUCAACAACACGCUGGAGGGCAACUGCAGCAGCACUGCAUGGCAGAAGACCCAAGAGCCCGAGACUUUCCCUGCCUUCCUUCAGAAACACGGCAUCUAUCAGACCUUCUUUGCUGGGAAGUAUCUGAAUGAGUACGGGAAUAAAAAAUCAGGAGGUGUGGAGCACGUUCCUCCAGGCUGGGAUCACUGGUUUGCCCUGGAGAGAAACUCCAAAUACUACAACUACACGCUGUCGGUGAACGGCAGGGAGCAGCGGCAUGGACAGAACUACAGCGAAGAUUACCUUACAGAUGUUCUGGCCAAUAUUUCCAUCGACUUCCUGGAAAACAAGUCAAACCGCAGGCCUUUCUUCAUGAUGGUGUCCACACCGGCCCCUCACUCGCCCUGGACAGCCGCUCCUCAGUACGAGAGCAGUUUCCCCAAUGUUAAAGCACCAAGAGACCCUAACUUUAACAUACACGGCAAGGACAAGCACUGGCUCAUCAGACAAGCAAAAACGCCCAUGACCAACUCUUCAGUGGAGUUCUUGGAUAACGCCUACAGAAAACGGUGGCGCACUUUACUAUCUGUAGACGACCUGGUGGAGAAGGUGGUGAGAAAGUUGGAGGUCAGAGGAGAGCUUAGUAACACCUACAUCAUCUUCACCUCUGACAAUGGAUACCACACAGGCCAGUUUUCUCUUCCAAUGGAUAAGAGGCAACUCUAUGAAUUUGAUAUCAGAGUUCCUCUUUUGGUGCGAGGGCCUAAUAUCAAACCCAACCAGACAAGCCCGUUACUUAUAGCAAAUGUGGAUUUGGGUCCAACAAUCCUGGACAUCGCAGGAUACAGCGUCAAUGAAACUCAGAUGGACGGGAUGUCAUUUCUUCCUAUCAUGACCAGUAAAGGGAACAGCAGCACGUGGAGAUCUGAUGUACUGGUGGAAUAUGAGGGAGAAGGAAGCAACAUCUCAGACCCAGCCUGCCCUCUGCUGGGCCCCGGGGUCUCGGAGUGCUUCCCCGACUGUGUGUGCGAAGACUCGUACAAUAACACGUACGCCUGCGUCCGCACAGUAGCACAGGCCGCCAACUUACAGUACUGUGAAUUUGAUGAUAACGAGGUGUUUGUGGAGGUCUAUAACCUGACAGCAGACCCGUUUCAGCUAAGCAACAUCGCCAAGAGUAUCGAUCAGGAGGUCCUGGAGAAGAUGAACCACCGUCUCAUGAUGCUGCAGUCCUGCUCGGGACAGUCCUGCAGAACGCCAGGCGUCUACGACUCACAGUUCAGGUUUGAUCCUCGGUUGAUGUUCAGCAGCCUCGUGCCUCACAGAAACAAACGACGACAGACGCUGAAGUAGAGCGUGGAGAGGUUUACAGGAACAAGACACAUGGAGGGAAAGAAUAUAGGGCACUGAAAAACAAGCCCUCUUGCUCCCUUUAUAUCCUGCCGGUCUCUCCUCUGAUGAGGUCAUCAGGGUGCGCCCAGGGUACCAAACACACCACAGACACGACCUUCAUCCCCUCCAGCUCUCAUUCACAUCAGAUUCCUCUUUAUUCUCAAUUAACCUUCAGUUUUGCUGCUUUAACAGUAACACAGGAUAUUGUCUUUAUUGUAAUGUUUUUGAAAAUGUUGUUUUACUUUUGCUUUAAACCGUUUUGAGUUUUCCAAUUUUGUAAUGCAUUUGAAAAUUGUUGGGAUUAUUUGUUUGUUUGCCAGAUGUGUCUGAAACAUUCCACUCCACAUCCUCAGUUAUAAAAGAAUUCACAACUCUACUAAGCCUGCCUUUUAUGAUCAACACUGAGAAUGGAAGCUUGUUUUUUGGCUACAGGAUCAAAAAUAAAAAAAGGUCAUUGCAACUUUUUAUCGUACAAUUAGGAUUUUUUUUUUUUUUUUUCAAUUGUGAGUUUAUCACAAUUUUGACUUUUUCCACAAUUGCAAGAUAUAAAUCCACAUUUCUGAGAAAACCUAAUGUAAACUAAUAAAUAGUGAGAAUUCUCAGAAUUCCGUUUUUUUUUGUAGUUGUUUUUUUUUUUUUUUGUUACAAAUCUCACAAUUCAAACUUCUUAGAAUUGCAACUUUAUAUACAAUAAAAGCGAGUUCAUUGUGAGUUUAUAUCUUCUACAUUUUAAAAUUCUAAAGUCCGAAUUGUGAGAUUAAAAAUUGCGAUUACCAUUUCUUUUUUUUUAUCCCAUAGCAGAAAUAGGCUUGCAUAUGAUAAUGAAUUACAGUAGUUUUAAUGCACAAUAUACCUUAUUAUAUAAAAAUAUUCUCUAACGUUUUCAGUUCCUGACACUUGCGUAUGGCAGCACACAAUCUAUGUUUGGACAGACAUUUCACUUGAGUUCUAUAACUAAAAGAUUCACUCACUAGGUGCAAAUAUUGUAUUUAGUAUUUCAUUAUUUCCUUUUAAAUGUUUUCUUCUCUGAGUUUUGUGUUUGAUGGAUGUCCAUUGAGAAUGAGCAAAAGCUGUGGAUCACAGCAGGUCUUUGAUGAAUCUGUGUAUUUUUGGUUCUUUGAGGGAAAUCCUGCGGUGGGCAACACAAACUUGAGGCGAUGAGAGACUUACUUUCAGACUACUACCUAACGUUCAUCAACCUUCUGCUGUGACUGCCAAUUUCUCAAAUCACCCAAAUUGACCGGAGAGGAGGCAGACAGGCAUAAGCAUAUCUUUUUCACAAUAUUUCAAUACAUCCGUUCAGUGAAGCACUUUCCAGUCUGUGAUCAACAGGCCUGACAUGUUUAAUGAUGUUUUGCACAUAAUUCUUUCAUGAUAUUUGUUAGUAGCAUUGCAAUGGUUGCUGUGGACUUUUGUCUUGUGUGUUUGAUUGAUAAAAGCAUUCUGAAAUCA